CUCCUCCUCCUGCUCCUCCUCGCUCAGACGUGCAGACCGAAGCGGGGGAGAAACCGUACGCGUGUGACGUGUGUGAGUACAGGACGUGCUCCCGCUACAUGCUGAAGACUCACAUGCGAACGCACACGCGGGAGAAUCCGUACGCGUGCGAUACGUGCGGGUAUCGGUGCUCUCGGCUCAGUGGCUUAGAGGCGCACGCACGCACGCACACGGGAGAGAAACCGUACGCGUGCGAUGUAUGCGAGUACAGGACGUGCUCCCGCGACAGCCUGAAGAGGCACGCGCGCACGCACACGGGAGAGAAACCGUACGCGUGUGACGCGUGCGAGUACAGGACUUGCUCCCGCUGCAGCCUGAAGACUCACAUGCGAACGCACACGGGAGAGAAACCGUACGCGUGCGAUGUUUGUGAGUACAAGAGUUCGCACCUGGCGAAUCUCCAGACCCACACGCGCACGCACACGGGAGAGAAACCUUACGCGUGCGACAUAUGCGGCUCCGCCUACACCACCUUUAGCAGCCUCAAGAUGCACUUUUUCACGCACACGGGCCAGAAACCGUACGCGUGUGACGCGUGCGAGUACAGAACGUGCUCCCGCUGCAGCCUGAAGACUCACAUGCGAACGCACACGGGAGAGAAACCUUACGCGUGCGAUGUUUGUGAGUACAGGAGUUCGAGGCUGGCGAAUCUCCAGACCCACGCGCGCACGCACACGGGAGUGAAACCUUACGCGUGCGACAUAUGCGGCUCCGCCCACGCCACCUCCAGCGACCUCAAGAAGCACUUUCUCACGCACACGGGUCAGAAACCAGAAACCGUACGCGUGCGAUGUAUGCGAGUACAGGAGUUCUCAGCUGGCGAAUCUCCAGAUGCACACGCGCACGCACACGGGAGAGAAACCGUACGCGUGCCGAUGUAGUGCGAGCUACAGGAGUUCUUCAGCUGACGGAUCUCCAGAUUCAUGCACGCACUCACACGGAGAGAAACGUACGCGUGCGACAUAUGGC